AUGGGGGCUAUGUACCACUGCAUUGGGGGAACACUGCUUGCCUUUGGCCUUCUCAGUUUGUUCUCUGGGGUUAUUGCUUUCUUUCCAGUUUUCAGCUACAAGCGCUGGUACAUUGGGUGGAGUGUCAAAAUCGCCACUCCUAUCUGGAACGGAGUUUUUGCCUUGUCUUUUAUUAAUUGUAUCUUCUUUUUUGUUUUAUACAGUACAAUACAAUUCGCAAUCGCCAUUGCCUCCAUCUUGAUUAUCCCUUAUUGCUACUACACAUUCGCCAGAGCCGUUGGAACCAAUUACCUUGGCUACGCUGUGGAGCUCCCUUUUCCCUAAGUUUACAACAAAAUAAUAUUCAAAUUUUGGGGCAGUUCCACAUGUGUAGGACAAUUCAUAAGCUUUUUUUAAAGGCCCUUUCGUGAUCUCUCAGAUGUUUUUUUACGUGGAGUAUUUGCAUUCUUCUGUAUUAUAAAAUUCAAAGAAACUACAUGGAAAUAUGUAAAUGAGAGUUUAUGUAUUGCUCAUAUGUACUGCAUGUACCAACACAGAUUUCCUACUUGCAAGGCAGAUCAGGUUAAUUAAACUAUUGACAUGUUUUUUUAUGGAAAGUUGCAUUCUCUUCAUAGGUAAUCUGAGGUACAGGUAUUGAUCUUUAUCACUACCAUUUUAGUUUAUAGAAUAAUAUGGUUUAUCUGCUGUGUGAACUUAAACACAGAAAACUCAAGCAGGCAUUAGCACAGGGACUGUCGCCCUGUAUUGCUGCCCUGGCUCGUAGAAUGACCCUUCACGAAGAAAUUCAACCCAGUGUACUUUACCAUGGUUAUCAUGGCAUUUUUAAUUACUGAGACAUUGCUUGAAUUGUUUAGCUAAUUUAUCCUAAACGUGAUCAUUGCCAAAAUAAAUACAAUGUGACUCCCAUCUGAUGUGCCAUCAGGAAAUUGCAAUGUUACUUUUUUCUCUGCAGUAGUGACAAAAAAUGUACUCUUCAGAACGAUUCAAAAAAGGGAAGGGAAGGUUAAAAAAAAUGUAAUUUGAAGCUACUAGCUCUUUAACAGUUUUAGUUUAUUCACUUUGUGCCCACAGGGCUAGCACAGGUACAUCUCAAUAGUGCAGCAAAAAUACAAAGAGAGACCUAAGAAACAGUAAACAUCAUAUUACACCACCACCCUGGAAUUUAUAAAUCUGCUUUUUAAAACCUUAUUUCACUGUAUUUUUAUUGUCUUAUAUUAGUGGGUCUAUAAAUCACAACAGGAGAAAAUAAUUUAGCCUCUCUUUAGUUUAACAAUAAUCUCUUUCCAUGUUAUGGUAGGUAUAAAGUAGACAGAUUCUGUAAUCCUUAUUCUUGUUAUUUUUUCACAGAAAACAAGGCAUGGAUGGUAAACUGUACCACUGAUGGUCCUGGUCAAAUAUGCCCCUGAAAAAAGAGGGACUGAAUAAUCUAAUACCUGUAGGCCUGUGACAGGCUUGAAAACAUAGAACAUAUAUUGUGUAUAUGCAUUUAGAGUAUACAGUAUAAUUUUUAAUACUUGCACAAACAAGCUUCUUAGAAUAGAUUAUGAUUUAUGAUUUCCCUAAAGGGUUUUAAAAACAUGAAUGUCUCGCUAUAUUUUCUUUUAGCCAGCAGGUAUUUUGUUGUUUUUGAAGUUUUGUUGAUUAGUUUAUAAAAACAAAGGAAAAUGAUAUGUUUUUGAAAGUUCCUGUUGCCACGGUACCCACUCUACUUGAACUGUCAAGGUUAGUUGAACCUUAUGGAUGUAUCAAAUUAGAACAUGCAUGUACAGUAUAUCAAUAUUUGAAAUAUCCUGUGGCAGAGCAGAAAUUGGCAGUUAUGGGGUUAAAUUCCCCUACCUGCCUGGGUUUAUUGUGUUCAGGUGGCUGGGGUUGAUUAGUUAAUUAGAGUAAUUAACGAUCAAUCAGCACCCAGCCACCUGACAUAAAAGGAGGCCUUAGCUUCCCAUGAGGGGGAGGGAGCUGAGGAAGCGUGUUGGUGUUGGUGUUGGUGUUGGUGUUGGUGUUGGUGUUGGUUGUUGGUUGUUGGUUGUUGGUUGUUGGUUGUUGGUUGUUUGCUGUUUUUGUGGAUUUUCUCAUCCAGUGAAGGCAUCGCCCAGCCUGGAAACCUUUAUUUUGUAAGUUUUGUUUUGUGUUUAUUUUGUGAUUGAAAUCUUUUUGUUUGGCCCUUGUGCCUGUUUAUUUGAUUAUUUUUUGUUUAUUAAAAAGCUUUAUUUUGAACUUUAUACUGUCUCUGAGUCUCAAACCUCUGUCAUCCUGUCACAUUUGGUGCUCAGAAGUGGGACAACGCUACCUGGAGGCUCAGGUCAGUAUUUUUUUUUGUUUGUUUUUUGAAUUU